AUGGACGUUCAUACUGCACUGCAAGAGGUGCUGAAGACCGCCCUCAUCCACUAUGGCCUAGCACAUGAAAUUCGUGAAGCUGCCAAAGCCUUAGAUAAGUACCAAGCCCAUCUGUGUGUGUUUGCAUCCAACUGUGAUGUCAGGUUGGUGGAGGCCCUUUGUGUUGAGCACCAAAUCAAUCUGAUUAAGGUUGAUGACAACAAGAAAUUAAGGGAAUGGACCACAGCCCAGGCCCUGAGGUUCCACUCCCGCUGCUCUGCCCCACAAGGCCUGCUGGGUGCCCCUCCAGCAUCUGGGGACCUGAGUCUGGAUUCUGCCAAGAGGAACUGGGAUUCAAGCAUCAGGAACACCGACAGCAACAGCACCAAGGAGCUUGCUGAGCUACAGACCCGGUGGGAGAACACGCUGGACAGAGUGGCAGCAGUGCACCCAGGACAGGAGCUGCUCGUGGUGGGACGGCUGGAACACGGCUGCCUGCCCAGCGAGAGCCCAGGACGCGAGUCAGGCUCCACGGACACAGCCUCGACCACAGCCGUGCGCACCGCUCCCCACUCCUGA